UAAUGACAGUGACAAGUGACUGAAUAUUCAAAGACACUGCAUUUGUUUUAGAUAAGGUCGGCAAUAAAUGCCACGUGGACAUAAUCAUGCCCUCUCUAUGGACGACCCUCUAUCGGCAAUGCUCUUCAGCCGCAUGACAAAAAAAGGCCAAAUGGUUGGUACCAGGGGAGGGCUGUUGCCGGCUGAGAACGGAUGAGCAACGAAUAGGGAAGUUGGUACUGAGUCCUAUGGAUAAGGUUGUGGAUAAGGUUAUGGAUAAGGUUAUGGAUAAGGCUAUGAUUAUGGACAAGGCUAUGAUUAUGGACACCCUGAGGGCGGAAUCGUCGCCAUCAUGCCAUCGUCAUGCAAAUGUCGCACAGGCAUUGUGCGACAUCGCAGAGCGCCAUGGAUCGCGCAUGCUCACACUGUGCGGCAGCAGACGACGGACGGGGCAGGAAUUCCACAGACGUGUGAUGAGGCUUAGCAUUGGAUUGCGUCGGUUGGGAUUGCGACCAGGGCAAAGGGUCGCGAUAGCAGCACUCAACAGUGAUCGUUAUUUGGAGUGGAUUCUGGCUGUGCCUAUGGUUGGCGGCAUAAUCUGCCCAAUUAACUACAGAUGGAAUAUCGGCGAAGCUACAGAUGCAGUCUGCCAAAUCACCCCCAGGAUUGUUGUAAUGGAUGCCCACUGCCAGAACUGGUGGCCCAAGCUAGACCAGACCUGCGCAGACCUGUGUACAGGAAUCUUCAUCGAUGAUGACCCCUCUGCAUAUCACAAUUUGGUUCGUGGAGAGGAACUGAUCGAAUCGGUGAAGACGAUUGACGGCGCCAGCUUCUUAUCUUCACCAGAUGGCGUUGCUUUGAUCUGCUUUACUUCAGGAACAACGGGAAGGCCCAAGGGAGUUGCCAUUUCCCAUUCUGCUAUUAUUAGCCAGUCAAUGGCGAAGCUUGAUCGUGUUGGCUACAACAAACAGGAUGUGUAUUUUCAUGCUGCUCCAUUAUGCCAUAUUGGUGGGUUGUCGUCAGCGUAUGCUAUGGUAAUGGCAGGUGCUCAGCAUAUCUUUGUCUCCCGUUUCAAAGCGGAGGAGGCCAUCGCCGCAAUCCAAAUGAAUCAAGCCACAGCUCUCAUUGCGGUCCCAGCAAUGUUAGUUGACAUGGUCAGGGCUGCAGAGAAGCUGCAGAAGAUUCAAGGGAAGUCCAGCAUGGGAGAGGACAGGUUCGUCCUCCGCACCGUUUCCAAGUUGUUGAUUGGCGGCGGAUCCAUGAACCCAUCAUUGUUGAGCCAUGUUUUUCAGCUGUUCCCAUCAGCAUGUAUAACAUCUGCGUAUGGCAUGACGGAAGCGUGCUCAUCAAUGACAUUUCGCAUUGUAAGGGAGAGUCCAUUGGCUAGGCCAUCGCCGGCGGUCACGGGAAUACCGAACGAAAGAAUGGGGGAAUCAGUGGCUGCCUUGAUUGUCAUCCACAGUGGGUGGGAUUGGCAAGGGAUAAUGGCCCCCACUGAAGACGAACACGGCGACGACGACGAAGACGAAGACGGCGACGACGACAACCCAAAUAAUCCAUGUGGAGAGCAGAGUCAGAAGGAGGAAAGACGACAACAGAGGGACGAGGCUUCCAUGUCGAUAGAUCUGUCGGUAACAGCAUCUGGGCAGAAUCGGGUCUCUACACAGGAUUUUCGGAACCACUGUCGCGAGAUUGGACUCACUGGGUUCAAGAUUCCAGCAGUUUUUGUGGCCAAGAAGGGGAAUUCCCUUCCCCAAACAUCGACAGGCAAAAUCCAGAAAGACGUUGUCCGCCGUGUCAUUCUGCGAGCAAUGCACAAGGCAAACUCUUCAGAGAAUCAACUUAGAAUGAAGAUAAUUUCCGGUCAGCUGAGACCACACUGGGAGCUCAGGAGCCGACUAUAGCUGAGACCAGACCUGGAGCUCAGGAGCCGACUAUAGUGUAGUGUCUAUAGAAAAUUGUACCUAUUCGGUCGUAGUUUUUAUUCUUAGCAGUUUUACUUAUGCUACCAGAGUCACAACGGCCCGGGUGCCUGGGCUCAGGCAGCGCGGACCCGCCUACCGGGGUCACCCAGGGAAGCCAAAAAAUGAGUUUACCCCUCACAAGAGGGCAAUCAAUGCUGUACUCCAUU